AUGAAGAGACCAAGAGUUGGUUAUCCCCACUCACAGGAUACCAGCUUUGUCUAUGUUGCUGAUCCGAAGUUCAUUGAUGAGGAUGCAUCGCUUAUGUUCUACUGGAGGUUUAUAUAUCGUUAUAAACACGAAUAUGUCUGCCUAUCAGUACGACCAACUCGGUUAGAUAUUAAAUACGACAUGUUUUGGAGAAGUAUAGUACCUCCUAGUGAUUUUGAAUAUGAUAAGGCAUUUAUUGGUGAUGAGGUAGAUGAUUGGACCGAACAGUAUGACGCAUGUAUCGCACCUGGUGAUUUAAAACGAUUGGGUGCUGGUUUUGUUGGAUUGAGACCUUACCAAGUUGAUCCAGUCAGUCGACGGAAACGAGCAGUAGCGAACACAACUCAAUCAGGAGUUGGUGGUAACGCGGAUUCUGAUAAUCCUUUAGAAGCACCUUACUAUAUACGCAUAAUGGCUUUUAACUGUGCGACUUGGAAUGGUGUGAAAGAGGAUUGGGAUCCUGAUAACUGUGAGGUAGAAAAGGAUCUGUUGAAGAAUUGGACAACUUGUCUCUGUCAACAAGACAACAACCAAGUUUUGACUGCUAGUUCCUUCUUCACGCCACCGAAUUCUAUCGACUUCUCAACGGUAUUCAGUAAAUUCGAUAUUCAAUCUCAAGCUGCCGUAUUGGCAACUAUCUUGAUAAUAACAUUAGUUGCUAUACUGGCUGGACUAUGGGGACAUUGGAGAGACAGUCGUGAUAAGCUACAGUGGGGUGUGACAUUACUAGCUGAUAAUUAUGAUGACGAUGAUUACUACUAUCUAGUCACGGUCUAUACUGGUUUAGUUCUUGGUGCUGGAACAACAUCUAAUAUCAAUUUUAAUCUAUCAGGAGAACGUGGUGAUACUGGUAUCAGAACACUGUCAGAUGGCGUUCGAAAGGAAUUUGAAACUGGCAGUGUAAUGCAUUUCUUAAUGGCAGUUCCACAACCGCUUGGUUUACUUCAGUGUUUCCGUGUAUGGCAUGAUAAUUCUGGAAAGGGCAAGAAGGCGUCCUGGUAUCUGAACCGUAUUGAAAUCCACGAUAUCCAAACCAAUGACAGAUACGAUUUUAUGUGUUCGGGCUGGCUAUCAGUAGAAGAUGGUACCAUUGAAAGAAUGGUACAUGUCAGCGGAACUGUUAAUUUCAACAACUUCAAAACCAUGUUUUAUGAGCAUGCUCGAAGUCACGUGACAGAUGAUCAUUUAUGGUUGUCAGUGUUCCUUCGACCAGUGAAGAGUCAUUUUUACAGAUCUCAGAGAGUUGGCUGUUGCUAUGCUCUACUCAUGUUGACCAUGAUCACCAACGCCAUGUUCUUUCAGAUCAAGGAUCAGAAAAACCGGAUCCAGCCGAGUGAGAUUGAACUGGGUCCGAUCCGGUUCUCUGUAAAUCAACUGUAUAUAUCGUUUGUUAGUAUUCUUAUUACGUCCUUGCCCAUAUUUCUGGUCAUUCUCCUCUUCCGGAAAUCGAAACUCUCCGUCAAGCAGAAGAAGAGCAUCCGAGAGAUCCCGUCCUGGUAUCCUAAAUUUAUGAAGAAACAGAUUGAACACAGUAAUAAGUUAGAAGAGGCUCUAGUCAUACGAGAUAUUGUUGAUGAUAAAGAGGGAGUCCUGCCUCAUUUCUGUGUGUAUUUUGGAUGGUUUGUGGUAUUCUUAGCAGCUUUUCUCUCGGCGUUCUUCUUGAUAUUGUACAGUGCUGAAUGGGGUCAAAGUAUAUCUGAAGAAUGGUUGACAUCGUUCUUCCUGUCUUUUAUCCAGUCCAUUGUACUGGUGGACCCAUUUAAGGUUAUAGUAAUGGCAGUGAUUUUUGCAAUAUUUCUAAAGGCCAUCAGAAGCAACAAACCCACACAUUAUGAUCUGAAAGAGAUACAGCUAUUAGCCAAGCACAAGGGAUUACCAAACUCUGGUAGAAAGAUUCUCAAGUUCUCCAGUCCCUAUUCCGAUCAACAGUUUUACCAGAUGAAGCUUCAGAGAGAACGAAAUGAUAGAAUGAGGAAGAUUGUGAAAGAGUUGGCUGUAAAUGCUUUGUUCCUUUGGUUUCUGUUGAGCAUAUCCUACAGUAACAGAGAUGUCAAUUCCUAUUUUCUGGAUCGAUAUGUCGAAAACAAUUUCAUCACCCCUGCUUAUAAGAGUAGUGGCAGAACAUUUGAAUCAGUUGGAAGUAGAGAGACCUAUUUUGAAUGGUUAAAUGACACAGUGUUACCUAGAAUGUUUAAAGAAAGAGACUAUAGAGGGUACAGGAUGGUCUCCAGUGCGAGGAUGUUUUCUUACUACCUCAAUAACUUUAGAGUUGGUCCUCCUCGUCUCCGUCAGGUCAGAACUAAACAAACUUUCUGUGAUUGGAAAUACAUGAACGAAUCUCGAUGCAUUCCGGGGUAUUGGAUGACAGAAGAAGACACGGAUACCUACUGUAUUGGAUGGACAGACACACCUUGUGCCGAGCAUGAGAAACUGGCUUUAACACAUGAAUCUUGGACCUUCACAUCAGCCAGUGAUAUAUGGGGCUACCCAAUAAGUGGAUACCAUAAUACAUACGGUGGAGGGGGAUACAUUGCUAAUUUAGACAUCAAUAAACUUAUUUCUUUCGAAUCUCUGAAAGAAUUACAUGCAGCUAGAUGGAUUGAUCGCCAUACUCGUGCCGUUUUCUUUGAGUUUACGCUCUAUAAUGUGAAUCUGAAUAUAUUCGUAUACGUGACCUUGUUGACGGAAUUUCCUGAGACAGGUGGAGCUCUGAACUUCAAGAAUGUAUUCCCGUUCAGACCAAGUCAGCACGAAGGUGCCAAUGCUAAAUAUGUACUAUUUUGUGAAAUCGCCCUGCUGGUGUAUAUCAUUAUCUAUGUGAUUAUGAUUAUUAUUGAUUUGGCCAAGGAAAGAUUGAGAUAUUUCAGAUCCUUUUGGAACGUGGUGGAGGUUACAAUGAUGGCGGUGGCCAUAAUAACAAUAGCGAUGUAUGCAAUACGAGAAAAAUUCACAUCAGAUGCUUUGGCAAAAUAUGCGGACAAUAACAGACUGUUUGUCAACUUCUAUCAUGUAGCCCUUUGGGAUGGAAUCUUUGUCAUGUUCCUGGGACUGUUAACAGCAAUUGCUACAUUAAGAUUGAUCAAAGCCUUGGGACAUUCUAAACUCACGAUUAAAAUCUAUACUGUAUUGUGGCAAAGCUCGCGAGUCUUGCCUGGUCUUGCUUUCUACAUCAUUACUAUGUUACUGAGCUUCAGCUUUGCUGGUUUACUGCUGUUUGGAAGAAUGUCCACUGGAUACAAAAGCUUCUUUUACUGUUUGGAAACUCUUUUUACAGCUGUUAUGGGUAGUCCAUACUUCAAACACACGAAUACUGAGGUUCAAGAUUACUGGAUUACUAUACUCUAUUUCUGUCUGUUCGUUGUUCUUGUUGGUUUGACCAUGCAGAACCUAUUUUUAGCCAUUUUGCUCGAUGUCAUGGCGUUUUCAGAGAAUCCCGAUGUGGACGAAGCGGAAGUGGAUAUGGAGUUGAUAUCUUACAUCUGGCAGUCAUUUUUAAGUGUUUUUACUGGACGACAGCCGGAUAUGGAACGAAAAAAAGGUUUGACUGCUCUUCGAGUCCAUCAUGAAGAGAUAGGCGUCGGGGGGACAAUCGAAGACAAACUGAAAGCUUAUAAAAGACCACAUUUUUAUAAACCAGGGGCCAAUAAAAAUAAAACUGAAGUUGAGAUGGAAUUGGUCGAUGAUGACGAUUCAAUAGAUGAACUUCCGUACAUUAGCAGUUCGUUCGGAGAUAAUGAUGAUGAUAAUAAUGAUAAUGCUUAUAAGAUUAAUGAUCAUGCUAAGGAUAAUGGAGAAAAUGAUAAGGAGAAAACGGAAAUCAACGAUAAGAUUAAAAGCGAAAACGAAUCUGAUGCUUAA